ACUCAACCGUGUGACUUAUUCGGUCGAAUGCUUUGAAUUCGUUAAGUCAACACUUCGGUGCGUUCUUCUAUAUUUCUUUGCCGCGCAUACAAUAAUUGUCGAAAUAAACCAGCUGAGCUAAAGAUCGAACGUAAAGUUUGGAUAAUAUUUGAGGAAAAUUAAAAGACUCGUCUUGUUAAAGGGUACUAGAAGUUUCUUCUACAGAUAUUACGAACAAAAUCGCAACAAUGAACGUGUCAGCGGAACAAGUGGACGAUAGUUCAUUAUCAAGUUCUUCAAGUGGUAGUACUGAUGAUGAACAUAAUUUUGUUGGUAGAUAUCGUAGUUGUACAGCAAACAUGGCCACUGAUCGAGAUGCAGUUGAAUAUAAUAUGCGACACAAAAAUCGUGGAUUGGCAUUAAUAUUUAAUCAUGAGACUUUCGAUGUACGGACAAUAGAACCUCGUACAGGUACAAAUGUGGAUUGUGAAAAUUUGACAAAGGUCCUUAAAAAGUUGGAUUUUGAUGUGAAUGUGUUCAAUGAUUGUAGAUUGAAUGAGUUAAAGCAGCAAUUAGUAAGAGCUUCACAGAUGGAUCAUAGCGAAAAUGAUUGCAUUUUGGUUGUGAUAUUGUCGCAUGGCGAACAUGGUUAUAUAUACGCAAAGGAUGUACAAUAUAAAUUAGAUGCCAUUUGGUCUUACUUUACACCACAAAAAUGUCCCAGUUUGGCUGGUAAACCGAAACUAUUCUUCAUACAAGCUUGUCAAGGAGAUGAAUGUGAUCCAGGUGUCACUUUGAACCGUCAUACCGAAACCGAUGGUGACUCAUCAAUGAGCUACAAAAUUCCUUUGUAUGCAGAUUUUUUGAUUGCCUACUCAACCAUACCGGGAUUUGUCUCAUGGCGCAAUCCUGAAUUGGGGUCUUGGUUUAUACAUGCACUUUACACCGAGUUGGAAAUGAAUGGCAAACGUUUGGAUAUCCUUACAUUAUUGACAUUUGUAUGCCGACGAGUCGCUAUAGACUGGCAGUCCUAUGCGCCGGAUACUCCAAAAAAGCAUGAACAAAAGCAGAUACCAUGCUUUACAUCAAUGUUAACACGCAUCUUACGUUUCGGCGAGAGGCGGGCAUCGCAGUAAACCAGAAAAUGUUUUUUGGAAAUUUUUAAAACUAUAUACAUAUUAGAGCUCUUGGUAUUCGACUAAUCGACUAACCGAAUUAACCGAAUAUUAGGACAUUAUUCGAAUAAUAAUAUACGGUUUGCACUAUUCGGAUAAUCGUCAGUCAUCGAUUAUUCGAUUAACCGUAGUAGAACGAUUAUUCGAAUAGUCGUAACAUUUCGACUAAUCGAAUAGUACUAACUGGUUAAUAUUCGUGCGAACGGUUACAAACCGGAUAUUCGAAUAAUCGUUUUACAGGUUAAUCGAAUAAUUUUAAGAGCCCUAAUACAUAUGUACAUGGAACAUAGCCACGUUAGAUUCUUUCAAUUGCUGACAUAUUUGUUUAUCUGUAUAAUUUGUUUUAAUAUAUUAAAAUCAGAAUAUUAAUACGCAA